UUCUGAACUAACCCUCCGAUGUCCCCGAGAGGCUAGUGAUUACUUUUUUUUCUCAUAUUACAGCCUUGGGGCUGAAAUAAGCUGUGAUUCAUGCAGCAAGCUAAUAGCAGAUGGGUGAUUAAAAUGCAAGUUUCCACUCUUAUUCUCAUAGACAAAUUAUUAAAUCUUUAAUUCCUGAAAAUAUGAAACAGUAAAAAUUGUUCCAUUCAUGUUGCUUAUUUUGGCCCAUGCGCCAUACUUCCUAGUGCACCCUCUUGCAUCUGCUGUAUUUAAGUUGUCGGUCGAUUCACUUGUAUGCAAAGAAACAAGUGAUUUCUACAUGGUUUCAUCCAGCAGAACAUGCUAUUGUUUUAACAGUGAAUGAAAACCAGAAUAGAGCUCUCCGAUUUAUAAGUAAUUUAUAGAGGUUAACUGUAUCAAAAAGAAAUACAGGGAGAAAAGUAGAAUUCACUGUAAGUGUCAGGUACCAUUUUAGAUACACUGACUACAGUUUACUGUGGCUUCUUGGUUAUGUUUCUUCGUUUUAGUUUGCAAGAUCUGAAAAUACUACAGUUGUAUUGGAGGAGACUGAAAAUAGCAGUAUCUUCUGGUCAGUUAAGAAUUCUUGAAAGCUUACAGGAUAAUGUUUGGGAAAAAAACAUGUCCCUGCAGUUUCUGCAGUAAAACACAUCUCUGCAGAAGUACAAAAAUUCCUAAGUUUUAUACAUGAACUUUCUGCAAAAUUAGAUAUUUCAUCUGCUGCAUCAGAUGUCAAUAAGAUGUCAAUAAGAGUUUUUACACUUUUAUUUUAAGUCAGCUGGGAUUUCUCAGGCUGUCAUAAAAGUUCUUGUGAUUUCCAACAGUUACUUAACUGUAUUAGUGUGUUCUACUGUGUAUAUAUUCUUUCCAGCUUUUGUACACAGGUGGAAAAGUGGGUUCCUACAAACAUUGCUGUCUGUGGUCACAGUGAAUAGGUAGGUGUAAUUUCAGAAUGAGGAAGUAGCAGAAAAUGUGGAACCAGAUAGGGAAAUGUGGAAGCAGAUAGGAAAGCAUGUGGGCACCCCUGUAUCUACUAUUCUUAAUGGUGAGUUUGAGAUUUGUUGAACCGGGGACCUCCAGGGCACUUGAAGCAUUGAAUUAAUAUCUCCAUUGUAGUUGACCAGGUUGAAGGCUUGUAAAGAUGUGCAUGUCAUACUUCAGGGGUUUGCUUUGUAUCACUUUCUGUUCAGUAAUUGUAGCUACUCAGAAGCUUUUUAACACUCAAUUCUUGUCCCUUUUUUCUUGUGUCUCUCACUGCACUUUGAUUUCAUACCAGACAAGUGCCUCUACCAGGAAAGCAGGAGUAACCAUUGCAGUGCUGUGUUGCAUGGGGGAAUUUUUUUUUUUUUUAACUGGUGUGCGUUGUUUUCCUCCGCUCUUCCUCAGCCUUUUCCUUGAUGGAAAUUAUAUACUCUGAAAUUAGACAUUGUGGUAAUAGAUCAGCACUAGAGCUGGUGGUGUUUGAUAGCCCAGAUCAACAGAAAUGUGUGAUUUCUUCUGGUUUCUCUUUUGUUUUAUUUUUAAGAUAUAUGAUCCUUAAAACAUACUUUAAGUGAAACAUUAAUUUCUUUGCACCGCAUAGAAGUGGAAUAUUUUCUUGACAAAGUUUUCAGAAGGUGAGGAGUGUAGGAGUUUUCUAGCAUGUUUGAUGGAUUUUAUUUGACAGCAGAGAAGCAUGAAAUAUCUUGGAAUAUUUCUCACGUUUUGGGUGGUGUCAGGUAAAGUUUUGAAUUAUCUGGUGAAAGAAUCAGAUUCCUUUCCAGGAAAACAGCCCCAAAAUGAGUAAUGGAUAAGCAUGGCACUUCUCAGCACACAGUCACAUCUUAGGAGGUUCAGGUGUUAUUCCUUGGAUGUAUAGUGCAUAUGUUUCUAGUUUCUGGCAGUGUGGAACAACAUAGGCUUUUAUGAGUGUGAUAGUGGCACAGGUUAAAAGUGGUGAAGGAAUUCUUGAGGAGACUGGAGAUGUUGCAGCAUGUUCAGCAGCUCGUUGCUGUCUGCCUAUUGGGGUUUGCUGUCCACACAGCUGAGAUGCUCUGUAGGCAGAUCCAGACUUGCAGGCAUUCACUGUUUUCACUUAGAUGCUGUGCAAAACAGAAUUUGUAUUUUAGGUGGUUUAAGCUGAGUUGGCUGAUGUGAUCAGUAUGAGAAGUACUUGCUUAUGUUUUAGGAAUGGGUGCAUGAGAAAAAAUCUGGAUUGUGUGGAGUAGCACUACUUGCAAAAGAGUGAUAUGCAAGUAGUGCAGUCAUCCAGUAGGUAGAUUGUGAUGAGUAAAUUGUGAGAUGAAGCAUCUGAGAUAUUCCAGCUGAGUCUGUGCAUAGGACAGUCUUCGCUGGUACUGAUGAGCUGGAAGCACAUGUUUAAGUGUGGCCCUGACUAAAAGCUGUGUUGAAAAAUGGAUUUAAAGUCUUGCAUGAUAACCUGUUGAAGGCUGAAGUGCAAGAAGUUUGGGAAUACUGAGACAAGGGCAUGCCUGAAUGGCAUGACAAAUAACAUAUUUGUACAACAUAUUUGUAUAACUCUUCAGUAAUUGGUUGUAUAUGGUACAAGAACUCAAAUAUUGUUGAAAACAUUUUGAAGCAAGCUGCAAAGUAAAAUACUGCAUCAUUCUCUAUACUACAGUACAGUUGUAAAAUUGGGUGAUGUUCUUGUCUGAGAUUGUACCAUCGGGAAGAGGUGCCCAGAUGACAAGCUAGUUUAGGAGACCACAGCAAAGGCAUAGGUUAAAGGGAAACAUGGAGAAAUUUAGGUGUAUGGGAACUUGCAAGGAAAUGUGAUAUUUAGGUAGUUCAGCAGUUUGUGGGUUUUGCCCUGUAUUUUACUCUGUAAAUGAAUUUACAGAGAAAAAUUUGUAUUUGUGCUGUAUUUGUGACAUACAGACUGUAUUUGUGCAAUUAAAUAAUCGCAUUUCUGGGGCACAAGUGGCCAUACAGCCAACUACAGUGCCUGCAUUUUUGUGGUGCUGUUUGAAGGCUUCCACCGAGUGGAAAUAAACAAGCCAAUAAUUUGAAUUAGUUAUCAAUUUGUCUUUUAAAAAAGCCAGUAGCUGCUCUACAGGAUAGAAGAGAUCCUUUUUCAGCUAGAGAAUUUCAAAUAACACAUGAAGAGGGAAGGAAGUGUUGCAAUGGUCACUCCUGUUUUAAUGGAACACUAUAUGUGACUUUAUAACAUGCAAGACACUGAUGCCAGGGGGAGCUCCCCUGCAUUCCUCCGGCCUCAGAAUGGGAGCAGUCACAGGUCUUCGGGGUACAUCCCAGGGAGAAUUGCCCCUCUCCGUCCCCCGCCACCCUCACAGAGCCAUGCUGCAGCUGAAUUUACCUCGGCCAGACAAGAAGCCCGGACAAGACUUCCAUCCCUACCAGUGGAGCAGCACCGCCGACAGGCAGAAGCCAACAGGCAUAAAAAUACUCUUAUUUGCUUUGCCAUUUCUAGCCUUUCACUUUUUGUUGCACUGGGGAUUUUUUUGGGAAUAGCUUCAAAAUACGCUCCAGAUGAGAAUUGUCCUGAUCAGAAUCCUCGUCUUAAAAACUGGAGCCCUGGAAAAGAUCCUGAAAAACGAGUUUUUAUCAAAAAAGGGGAUUUGUUUCGUCUGAACUCAGAUGCUACAGUACACUCUAUAGUUAUACAGGAUGGAGGUUUACUUGUUUUUGCUGAUGAUAAAGAAGGUUCUAAAAAUAUUACCUUGAGAACUCGAUUUAUCCUGAUAAAGGAUGGUGGAAUGCUUCAUGUUGGAGCAGAGAAAUGCCGCUAUAAGUCCAAAGCAACUAUUAUUUUGUAUGGGAAAUCAAAUGAAGGUGCUGAUAUGCUAGAAUUUGGUGAAAAAUUUAUUGGUGUGGGCCCUGAAGGAACACUGGAGUUGCACGGGCACCAGAAGGUGUCAUGGACUUUUCUGUCAAAGACUUUGUAUUUCUCAGGGCUGGCCUAUGGUCCUUAUACAUUUAAAAAGAAUUUUUCCCGAGGACUAAAUGUUAGAGUGAUCGAUCAGGACACAGCAGAGGUUUUGGAAGUGCUGAAGUUUGAUACUCACGAAUUUUCAGAAGAAAGCUUGAAGCUCCAGAACUUAUUGAAAAAUAGAAGUCCUGGUCGCAUUAUUGCUAUUGCUGUAGGAGAUUCGGCUGCUAAAAAUCUACUGGAGGAAACCAGAGUGACUAUUCAAAAUCUUUUGGGAAGUAAGUUUGUCAGAGGAUUAAGUUACAGGCAAGCCUGGGCUUUAGUUGGUGUUAUAGGUGGUGGAAAUUCUUCCUGUAAUGAAUCAGUGAGAAACUAUGAAAACCACAGCACUGGUGGGAAAGCUCUUGCUCAGAAAGAGUUUUUCACAGUGGACGGUCAGAAGUUUGUUGUGAGAGCUUACAGCGAAUGGAAUGAUGGUGUCCCAGUUUCAGGCUUCCAGGUGGAAGCAGUAGGUGGAGUAAUACUGAAUCUUCUGGAUGAUGCUAGUAGUUGGGAACCUGGAGAUCGGAUUGUGGUUGCAAGCACAGACUAUUCAAUGUAUCAGACAGAGGAAUUCACCCUUCUUCCCUGCCCAGAAUGUACCAAGCAUCAGGUUAAAGUCAAAGAAAAUCCUCAGUUUCCUCAUGUAGGAGAAGUUAUUGAUGGAGUGGACAUGAGAGCAGAAGUUGGAGUUCUUACAAGAAAUAUCUUAAUAAAGGGAGAGACAGAAGAUACCUGCUACCGUGAAAAGGAGUGUCAGUUCUUUAGUUAUGAUACGUUUGGUGGACAUAUCAAGAUUUUGAAGAAUUUUUCAUCUGUUCAUCUCUCCUACGUGGAAUUGAAGCAAAUGGGCCAGCAGCAGAUUGGAAGUUAUCCUAUUCAUUUUCACCUUUGUGGGGAUGUGGAUGAAAAAGGAGGUUAUAGUGUUAAAACUUACCUGGAGGGUCUUUCCAUUCAUCACUGUUUUUCCCGAUGUGUGACUAUUCAUGCAACUAAUGGCUUGCUGAUAAAGGACACCAUUGGCUACGACACACUAGGUCACUGUUUCUUCAUAGAAGAUGGCAUUGAGCAGAGGAAUACUUUGUUCCACAAUCUUGGGCUAGUCACAAAACCAGGCACUAUUCUACCUACAGACAGAAACAGCAGCAUGUGUAUUGGUAUUAGGGAUAAAGUGUAUGGAAACUAUGUCCCAGUGCCAGCCACGGACUGCAUGGCAGUUUCGACAUUCUGGAUUUCUCACCCCAACAAUCAUCUUAUAAAUAAUGCAGCAGCAGGCUCACAGGAUGCUGGAAUAUGGUAUUUGUUCCACAGGGUUGCUACAGGAGAUUCUCAUAGUUUAGCCAUUGAAACCAAAUCAGAGCUUACACCCCUAGGAAUCUUCUAUAAUAACAGAGUUCAUUCUAAUUUUAAGGCUGGUUUGUUCAUUGAUAAGGGUGUUAAAACAACUAAUGCUAGUGCUGAUGAUCCCAGAGAAUAUCUUUGUUUGGACAACAAUGCAAGGUUUCGACCUCAUCAAGAUGCAGACCCUGAAAAGCCCCGAGUUGCUGCCCUGAUUGAUAGUUUAAUCUCUUUCAAAAAUAAUGAUCAUGGAGCCUGGGUCAGGGGAGGGGAUAUCCUCAUUCAAAACUCAGGGUUUGCUGACAAUGGAAUAGGUUUGACAUUUGCUAGUGAUGGGAGCUUCCCGAAUGAUGAAGGUGCCAGCCAGGAGGUAUCAGAGUCACUGUUCAUAGGUGAGAGCAAGAAUUACGGGUUUCAAGGUGGCCAGAAUAAAUAUGCAGGAACUGGAGGAAUAGACAACAAGACACGCACUCUGCCUAGAAAUCGGACAUUUCCAAUCAGAGGUUUUCAAAUUUAUGAUGGACCUAUUCACCUUACCAAGUGCACAUUCAAAAACUUUGUGCCAACUCCAGACAGAUUUACCAGUGCAGUUGGAUUCCUGAUGAAAAAUCCAUGGCAGAUGACACCAAAAAAUAAUAUUUCUCUUGUGAAGUUUGAUCCAAACGUUUCUUUGAAAGCCUUCUUUGGAAAACCUGGUCCCUGGUUUGAAGAAGGAGAUCUGGAUGGUGACAAGAACUCAAUAUUUCAUGAUCUAGAUGGUUCAGUGACUGACUACAAGGAUACCUAUGUGGGCAGAAUGGAUAAUUACUUGAUUCAACACCCCAAAUGCAUUAAUGUUACAGAAUGGAAUGGAGUGGUUUGCAGUGGGAACUAUGCACAGGUUUAUGUCCAAACCUGGAAUGGACAGAAUCUUUCCAUGACUAUCAUCCGAGAUGAGUACCCAGCCAAUCCCAUGGUUCUUCGAGGUAUUAAUCAGAGAGCUGCCUUUCAGCAAUAUCAGCCAGUAGUGAUGCUCCAGAAGGGCUAUACAAUACAUUGGAAUGGAAAAUCUCCAAACGUCACCUAUCUAUAUCUCAUUAACUUCAAUAAGAAUGACUGGAUUCGUGUUGGUCUUUGUUACCAACCAAAUACAGAUUUUGUUAUAGUUUUGGAAACCUUUCAGAGGCGGUCAUCUGCUCUGUCAAGCAAGGUGGAGCGCUACCUGCCUGUCUCUUCGAUGAUGGAGCUUGAAAAGAAUCGAUCAGACAAGAAGUUUUACUUUGACAACAGUACUGGAUUACUGUUUUUAUUUCUUCAAGCCAAAUAUAAUAGGGAUGGUCACAGUUAUUGCUCAUCUCAGGGAUGUGAAAGGAUCAAGAUUGUGACCAAAGAUUCAGCAAAAGGCAUAAGUAACUGCAUGGCAAAAGCUUACCCAAAGUACUACCAAGGACCAACUGUCAUAAAGCAGAUGCCAGCAAAAACUACUGUACCAUGUACAAAAUGUGGCACAACUCAGAUGGUAUUCACCAGUGAUCCUCAUAAAAACUACCUCCUUGUGCAGAUUAAUUCAUGUGGUGCAAAAGAGUCAAGCAGGGGUCAGCAAGCAUUUAUAUCUGUCAAUGACACCAUGUUUUCCUUCAAGGAUAAUGGUAUACUUACUGUUAUAAUAGAUGCAUGCACUGGCACAGUGUUGGGAAACAAAUUGUUUUCUGGAGUAGACAUUAAGCAUGUACAUGGAUAUUUAAAAUCUGGAAUUCCACAAAGGUCUAUCGUUCUGCUGAGCACAAGAGGUGAUUUAGAAAUUCCUAAUAAUUUAGCAGAAGCCUUAAUGUCCCUGGGGACAGCGAAACCACCUUAUCUUCAGAGCAAUGGAAGCCUGGCCUUCCUGGGCUUCAGAGGAAACUUUAAGCCAUCCUGGAUUAAGCUGUUUACUGGUCCUGCUGGGCAUGGGCUCGUUCAGAUAGAAAAGUAUAUCCCUUUACAACUGGAAGAAUAUGGCUGUGCCAGAGCAAUCAAAAGCCGACGGAAAGACCUCGAGCUUCUGAAGAAGGCUACAAGAUCUCGUUAAAGACUUAAGAUGUACAUAAAAGCUGGGGAAAAAAUGUGAACUAACUUAUUUUUUAAUUUAUGGCAUUUUGAACUAUAUUAUUAUCCACGUAAAUCAUGUUAUUGUCUGACAGAUGUUUGCCAGCGUUGACUGCUUGAAUGCCAAUCUGUGCACCUUCUAGUUGUAUAAAAUAUUAAAGAAUUUAUUAGUAUUUGUAUAAACAGGUUUCAGAGAUUUUUCAGAUGUUUGUAUUUACUGUAAACAAGUUCCUUCUGUUUAUUACUUCUUUUGUAUGUAAGACGGUGUUCAUAAAAGCCUUAAAUUUUUAAUAACAGGUGUUGGAGUGCAUCUUGGGUUACUUGAAUGAUUUACAUUAACGCUUCCAUAAGCAGCUUGAAUUGGUCAUUAUAACUUACACAUUUUCCCUCGGCUGUUUAGGUGGGGUUUUGGGCGUUUAUUUAGCAGUCGGCUUAGUUACAUUCUCAGUCUGCUUUCUAGGGUGUUAAAACCCAAUUUCCCUUAUGCAUGUAGCUGAUUCAAGGGGUUUUAACUGCAGUAAAAUUUUUGCUUUCCUGUGUGAGAGAUGGAGGGGGGAAUUCAGACAUCCGGCCUGGGGCUGGGUGAGGGUUGUGUACCAUGCAACACAGUUUUACAAGGCUAUGUGUACCAGCAUAGCACGCAGAACAGGAAAUUACUACUGUUUUUUAGUAUCAUUGUUUAUUAUUCCCCCUGAAUACACAGGUGUGUCUGUGAAAGUUACUGUAGUAAGUAGUCUAGAUGUUAAGGCUGCAGUCUCGAGUACAGCUUGGCUUCAGCUUAGUCUUUUAAAGCUUGUAGCUAGAAGGGCAAAGCUGAGAUACUGUUAUUCCCAGUUUGUUAGGAAACUAAGUUUCUGCUCUUUCAGUGAUAUUUUUUUUUUUUAAUUAUUUGUUAAGCUAUCCCGGCUUUAACUUAUAAAUAAAUGGAAAGUGCUCUCAGUUCAUUCAGGCAUAAAGCUUCCGUUCAUUCAGGUUAUAUCUUUUGCCUUAACUUUAAUCCUUUUAGUAUACUCAUGUUGUUAAUUCUUAUUGACUUCAUAUUAGGUCCGUUUGAUUUCUUUUGGUUUUGUUGCAAUUAUGUGGCCUUUUGUGCAGAUGAUGUGAAAAUCAUUUAGAAGAACAGGGGCACAGUUGCCCUUUUUCAGGAUCCUGGUCUUUGAAAUUAAAUUUCGGGGACUGUAGAGAUGCAUUUUGUAAUAGGGAACAGUAGGUGCCAUAGACCUAAAAUGUAACCCUAGUUCUUAUAAAACUGACAUAAUUAUUUGUAUAUUUUCUCAUUCAUUUUACAUGUAUCUACCAUUCAAAGACUCUUUGUGGGUUGAAUUCAAAAUACAGUGGCUGUUGCAAAUGAGCUAUAGGCCUGUCCUCUCCAAAGAAGUUGAAAAACUGUGGGGAUUUUUUUUUUAUUAUUAUUAUUUUUUGUGUGUGUGCUUUAAAGGAGAGGAGGCACAGUAGCAGAUCUAUUAUUCUGGUCAGUUGAAAUAUGCUACCUCAGUGCUACAAUUUAACUGCCUGGUCUAAUGUAGUUUCCUAAGUGAGAAUGGAGGGGAAAGGAGCACAACAAAAGAGAUGAAAUCAACAAACAGAUUACUGACAUUAUUUUUAUUGUAAAACCAAGCCAAAUGGAUGAUUGUGUAUUUUGCAGUUGCUUUGAUGUUCUGAGUACAAGUUUUUCCAGUAAUGUUUAAAAAAAAAGAAGUCAUUUUGUUAGGGGAAGAUGUGAUAAGUCUUUGACUAGCUAUAAUGUUUGGUGUUAUUAAUGCAGGGCAAUGUGAUUUAAAUGCUCUGAGUGCAGUAGUGGUAGUGUUUGGGGAUUAAAAUGGCUUUAAGACUUCCUCUGUUUUGUGGGUAAAGCUCAGCAAAGAAAUAAUGAUGAGGUAGUGACCCUCAGGCUUGUGAAGUUGGCCAUUAUUUAUGAAAUUCUGCUGUUCUAAGCUGUCUAGUAAAAAUUGUCCUUGGAAGUCUCAAGAAUAUUCUGAUGUAGAGCUUACUGAUGAACAAUUUGACAUGAAGUAUUGUCUUUUGGUGUAAAUUUAAACAUUUGAUAAAUAGCAUAAAUAAAUUCUUACAUCUGACAAGGCAAUAAAA